CGGAGCCGGGGCCCUGGCCUCAGCCGGACUGGGAGUCCGAGGCGGCGAUCGCCGAACAGGCGGCAGCCGGGGUCCGGGCUCGCUCCGAGGGCGCGGCGAGGCGGAGGGGGCGGGCACCGGGCGGAGCCGGAGCCGGAGUCGUGGUGCCUGGAGGAGAUCGGGCCGCGCGCUGAGAGCACAAAGUAGCGGAGAGGCCGCGCGGCGUGGGCCAGGGCCCGAGCGCUGUCCCCGGACGCAGGAGGCCGGAGCGCAGUCGCGGCCUGAGCGGCGGGAGCGCAUCCGGGACCCGCCGCAGGGACCCCCAGACCGGCCGCUCCCGGGCCAUGCGCGCCGCUCGCUGAGACCCGGGGAGGCCGCGAUGGAGGCGCCAGCGGGAGAGUCAUCGGCGCGGGGCUACUGCCCCCCGCCUGCUCCCGCGCCCGCCACGGAAAGGAAGAAGAGCCACCGCGCGCCAUCGCCAGCCCGGCCCAAGGACGUGGCCGGCUGGUCUCUGGCCAAGGGCCGCCGCGGCACAGGCCCGGGCGCCGCCGCAGCCUGUGGCGCCGCGUCCUCGGCGAGGCCGGACAAGAAGGGGCGCACGGUGACGCCUGGAGCCCGGGGCGCGGGGCCGAGGGUGGCCGGGGUGCGCACGGGGGUCCGCGCCAAGGGCCGCCCUCGUCCGGGUACCGGGCCGCGCCCGCCGCCGCCGCCGCCCAGCCUCACCGACAGCAGCUCGGAGGUGUCGGACUGCGCGUCGGAGGAGGCGCGCCUGCUGGGCCUGGAGCUGGCGCUGAGCAGCGACGCCGAGUCUGCGGCGGGUGGCCCGGCGGGGACCCGCACCGGGCAGCCGCCCCAACCGGCACCGUCGGGGCAGCAGCCUCCGCGGCCGCCUGCCUCCCCGGAUGAGCCGUCGGUGGCAGCAUCGUCGGUGGGCAGCAGUCGCCUGCCACUCAGCGCCUCGCUCGCCUUCUCCGACCUCACCGAGGAGAUGCUGGACUGCGGGCCCGGCAGCUUGGUGCGGGAGCUGGAAGAGCUGCGUUCCGAGAACGACUAUCUCAAGGACGAGAUUGAGGAGCUGCGGGCUGAGAUGCUGGAGAUGCGGGAUGUCUACAUGGAGGAAGAUGUGUACCAGCUACAGGAGCUCCGGCAGCAGCUGGACCAAGCCAGCAAGACCUGUCGCAUCCUGCAGUACCGACUGCGUAAAGCCGAGCGCCGCAGCCUCCGUGCGGCCCAGACAGGCCAGGUGGAUGGUGAGCUCAUCCGUGGUCUGGAGCAGGAUGUUAAGGUCUCUAAGGACAUCUCCAUGCGGCUUCAUAAGGAGCUGGAGGUGGUGGAGAAGAAGCGGAUGAGGCUGGAGGAGGAGAACGAGGGGCUUCGGCAGAGGCUCAUCGAGACAGAGCUGGCCAAGCAGGUGCUACAAACGGAGCUGGAUCGUCCCAGAGAGCAUUCCUUGAAGAAAAGAGGAACCCGAUCUCUGGGGAAGACAGACAAGAAGCCCACUGCACAGGAGGACAGCGCAGACCUGAAAUGCCAGCUGCAUUUCGCAAAGGAGGAGUCGGCCCUCAUGUGCAAGAAGCUCACCAAGCUGGCCAAGGAGAACGACAGCAUGAAGGAGGAGCUGCUCAAGUACCGCUCCUUGUAUGGGGACCUGGACGCAGCCCUGUCCGCAGAGGAGCUGGCGGAUGCUCCGCAUUCCCGUGAGACCGAGCUGAAGGUGCACCUGAAGCUGGUGGAGGAGGAGGCCAACUUGCUGAGCCGGCGCAUCGUGGAGCUGGAGGUGGAGAACCGGGGCCUCCGGGCCGAGAUGGACGACAUGAAGGACCAUGGGGGUGGCGGGGGCCCUGAGGCCCGGUUGGCCUUCUCUGCUCUGGGUGGUGAGUGCGGGGAGAGCCUGGCUGAGUUGCGGCGCCACCUGCAGUUCGUGGAAGAAGAGGCUGAGCUGCUGCGGCGCUCCUCGGCUGAGCUAGAGGACCAGAACAAGUUGCUGCUGAACGAGCUGGCCAAAUACCGCUCGGAGCACGAGCUGGAUGUGACUCUGUCAGAGGACAGCUGCUCGGUGCUCAGCGAGCCCUCGCAGGAGGAGCUGGCGGCUGCCAAACUGCAGAUUGGCGAGCUCAGCGGCAAGGUCAAGAAGCUGCAGUAUGAGAACCGCGUGCUUCUCUCCAACCUGCAGCGCUGCGACCUGGCCUCUUGCCAGAGCACACGCCCCAUGCUGGAGACGGACGCCGAGGCUGGGGACUCUGCGCAGUGCGUGCCUGCUCCUCUGGGCGAGGCGCUGGAGCCCCACACUGCCCGGCUCUGCAGGGCCCGUGAAGCCGAGGCGCUGCCCGGGCUGCGGGAGCAGGCCGCCCUGGUCAGCAAGGCCAUUGACGUCCUGGUGGCUGAUGCCAAUGGCUUCUCGGUUGGCCUCCGGCUGUGCCUGGACAAUGAGUGUGCAGACUUGCGAUUGCACGAGGCGCCUGAUAACAGUGAGGGUCCCAGGGAUGCCAAGCUCAUCCAUGCCAUCCUGGUGCGGCUCAGCGUGCUGCAGCAGGAACUGAACGCUUUCACACGCAAGGUGGAUGUGGCCUUGGGUAGCUCUGGCAAGGAGCAACCUGAGUCCUUGCCUGCGCUACCUGCCUUGGGCUCCCAGGGGUCCUCUAAGGAGAUCAUGCUGGCCAAAGACCUUGGCUCUGACUUCCAGCCACCUGACUUCAGAGAUCUGCUGGAAUGGGAGCCUAGGAUCCGAGAGGCCUUCCGUGCUGGUGACUUGGACUCCAAGCCUGACCCUAGUCGGAACUUCAGACCUUACCGAGCUGAAGAUAAUGAUUCCUAUGCCUCUGAGAUCAAAGAGCUUCAACUGGUUCUGGCCGAGGCCCAUGACAGCCUCCGGGGCUUGCAAGAGCAGCUGUCCCAGGAGCGGCAGCUCCGGAAGGAGGAGGCUGACAGCUUCAACCAGAAAGUGGUCCAGCUAAAAGAAGACCAGCAGAGGGCGCUGCUGAGGCGGGAGUUCGAGCUGCAGAGUCUGAGCCUCCAAAGGAGGCUGGAGCAGAAAUUCUGGAGCCAGGAGAAGAACAUACUGGUGCAGGAGUCCCAGCAGUUCAAGCACAACUUCCUGCUGCUCUUCAUGAAGCUCAGGUGGUUCCUGAAACGCUGGCGGCAGGGCAAGGUCCUGCCCCAUGAGGAGGAUGAUUUCCUGGAGGUAAACAGCAUGAAGGAACUGUACCUGCUGAUGGAGGAGGAAGAGAUGAACGCCCAACACUCAGAUAACAAGGCCUGCACAGGGGACAGCUGGACCCAGAACACGCCUAAUGAGUACAUCAAGACCCUGGCUGACAUGAAGGUCACACUGAAGGAGCUGUGCUGGCUGCUCCGGGACGAGCGUCGCAGUCUGACUGAGCUUCAGCAGCAGUUUGCAAAGGCUAAGGCCACAUGGGAGACGGAGCGGGCAGAGCUCAAGGGCCAUGCCUCACAGAUGGAGCUGAAGGCUGGGAAGGGUGCCAGCGAGAGGCCCGGGCCCGACUGGAAGGCUGCGCUGCAGCGGGAGCGGGAAGAACAGCAACACCUCCUGGCUGAGUCCUACAGCGCCGUCAUGGAGCUGACGCGGCAGCUGCAGAUCAGCGAGCGCCACUGGAGCCAGGAGAAGCUGCAGCUGGUGGAGCAGCUGCAGGGCGAGAAGCAGCAGGUGGAGCAGCAGGUGAAGGAGCUGCAGAACCGCCUCAGUCAGCUGCAGAAGGCUGCUGAACCCUGGGUCCUGAAGCACUCGGACCUGGAGAAGCAGGACAACAACUGGAAAGAGACACGAAGUGAGAAGGUCCACGACAAGGAGGGUGUUUCUGAAGCUGAACUUGGGGGGACCGGCUUGAAAAGGACCAAAUCAGUUUCCUCCAUGUCUGAGUUUGAAAGUUUGCUUGACUGUUCCCCCUACCUUGCUGGUGGAGAUGCCCGGAACAAGAAGCUGCCCAACAGCCCUGCUUUUGCCUUUGUGAGUACUGAGCCGGUGGAGCCUGAGAAAGAUGCCAAGGAAAAGCCUGGGCUUUCCACCCGGGACUGCGGCCGUGUGGGUCCCCUGGCUUGCCAGGAGCCUGCAGGGAGGCAGAUGCAGCGCAGCUACACUGCUCCAGACAAGACGGGCAUACGAGUCUACUAUAGUCCCCCGGUGGCCCGGCGCCUGGGUGUCCCCGUGGUCCAUGACAAGGAGGGCAAGAUCCUCAUUGAACCAGGCUUCCUCUUCACCACGGCCAAGCCCAAGGAGUCAACCGAGGCAGAUGGGCUGGCCGAGAGUUCCUAUGGCCGGUGGCUUUGCAACUUCUCUCGGCAGCGACUGGAUGGAGGAUCCGGGGGCAACACCUCAGCUUCCGGAGCUGCUUUCCCCGCAGCCUUGCAUGACUUUGAGAUGUCAGGCAACAUGAGUGAUGACAUGAAGGAGAUCACCAACUGUGUGCGGCAGGCCAUGCGCUCUGGCUCCCUGGAGAGGAAGGUAAAGAGCACGUCCAGCCAGACGGUGGGCCUGGCCAGUGUGGGCACGCAGACCAUUCGGACGGUCAGUGUGGGCCUGCAGACUGACCCACCCCGUAGCAGCCUCCACAGCAAGAGCUGGUCACCCCGCAGCUCCUCGCUCAUGUCAGUACGCAGCAAGCAGAUCUCCUCCUCCCUGGACAAGGUCCAUUCGCGCAUUGAGCGGCCAUGCUGCUCACCUAAGUAUGGCUCCCCCAAGCUCCAGAGGCGAUCAGUGUCCAAGCUGGACAGCACCAAGGACCGCAGCUUGUGGAACCUGCACCAAGGCAAGCAGAAUGGCUCUGCCUGGGCCCGCUCCACCACCACACGGGAUAGCCCCGUGCUGAGGAACAUCAAUGAUGGGCUGUCCAGCCUCUUCAGCGUGGUGGAGCACUCAGGGAGCACAGAAUCUGUCUGGAAACUGGGCAUGUCUGAGGCCCGAACCAAGCCCGAGCCUCCCAAGUAUGGCAUUGUGCAGGAGUUCUUCCGGAAUGUGUGUGGCCGGGCACCGAGCCCCACUACUGCAGCAGGAGAGGAGAGUUCCAAGAAGCCAGAGCCUCUUUCCCCUGCCAGCUACCAUCAACCUGAAGGUGUAGCCAGGAUCCUGAAUAAGAAGGCAGCCAAGGCAGGUGGUAGUGAAGAGGUCAGACCCACCAUGCUCUCCCAGGUCGGGAAGGAUGGUGUCCUUCGGGAUGGAGAUGGCGCCUUGAUCCUCUCCAGUGAGGAUGCUGUUUGUGACUGUAGUGCCCAGUCGCUUGCCUCCUGCUUUGUCCGGCCAUCCCGCAACACCAUCCGACACUCUCCUUCCAAGUGCAGACUGCACCCUUCAGAGUCGGGCUGGGGCGGGGAGGAGAGGGCAGCCCCGCAAUGAGUCCCAGAGCAGCCAAGCUCCCGCCUCAAGCAGCCCAGACCCUGGAGAUGAGGCAAGGGGUCACGUCCUCAGCCUCACUCUGCCCAGGAGGAACAGCAGCUGUGCUAACUGCCAGAGAAGAGCUUUUCAAGGUAAAGCAGGGUGUCCCGCUAAUUGCUGGGAGGUGACCUCUGAUUUCCGGGGGAAGGCAGUGAGCAGGAGAAAGACCAAACCUGGGUGAUCAGGACUCUGAGCCUCAAAAGCACCUGAAGAGUUCCACAAGUCAUCUCUGGAUCCUACAGGGGGCCUGGUACCACCCACACCACUUCUUAGAAGGAUCCAGAAAAGGAGGCACUUCUGGCCAGGCUCCAGGAGUGGGGCUCACAGAGAUGGGCCCUACCUGACCACAUGUGGAGAAGCCGCCGAGAAGACUGGGUUUGCUCUGGGCCCAGCUUGCCGCUCUGAAGAGUGAGGGCUGGGUGGUGUCACCAUCCCUCUUGCCUCCUCCUCCUAGCUCUGCUGAUCCGGUGGCUGGGCCUCCUUAGAACAGGGAAGGGGGAUAUGAUAGAGAAGAAGCCAGGGCCAAGAACACUUGGAAUCCUGGAGCCCUGGAUCCCCGUCCUGUACCCACAUGUAACAAGAACUGGGAGGCAGGUAGGAGUGUGUAAGGUUCAGAAUUGGAGGCCAGAAGAGCUGGCUCCCUUGUCAGGGUGACUUGAAAGCCCGACUUUCAUAGGAGACUCCACGAGAACAGAAAUGGGUAGGGUCCAUCUCAACACCUGAUGUAGUAAAAGCUACAUGCCAUGCCUUGAUCCCUAGGGUCUCUUUCUUGGUAGCAGGGAUGGGUGCCACAAUCCUGCAGCAAGUAGGGGGCAGAAAUGCUCCCUGGGAGAGACUCUAUUGGUCAGGUCAGGCCAGAGAAAAGCGCCAAGAGGCCAGUAUCCCUGGACACAGCCCAAGACAAGGGCCUACAGACAUUUCUUGCCUCGAUUGUUUAUUUGAAUUUUUCAUACUAUAAAUAUUUAAGGUGAUUUACUUUAUUUUAAUAAUUUAACUUACCAGCCCCUCCCCCCCCAAAGCCCUUAAGGUAAUUUAUUAGAGGUUUUCUUGCCGCUGGGACAAUGUGGGGCUUGUGACACCAUGGAGUCCCAUGUAGCUGAGGCUGUUCAGCACCAGGCUCAGAUCGCCUGGUUUCGUCAGAAGGGCCCCUUGGCAGAGCUCUGCACCUUGUUACCCCAGUGCCACUGGCCAUUUAGUCUCAGAUCACUACAUUUUACUCAUCACCUGGUACUUGGCCUGGUCUCUACAGGCCAGACUGUAAAUACUUCAGACAAAGUGUAGGCCAGAAUGAUGUCUUCACUCUGCAGACAUCCUCCGUGAUCCUUCUCACCCCUCCCGUUCCUCCAACACCUUUUCUCCCGAGUCAAAUGUAGAUGACUGUAGCUGCAGCUCUGCUGUGAGCUCAGCGACCCUCCACGUUCCCCACGUGAGACCUCACAGGAAAACAGGAUGGACUUGUAGAAUGUUGUCUACCGCAGCUUUGCACAUGGAUCUGAGAGUGUCUACCAGCCCUUCCUUCUCUUAGCCUUAUAGCCACUCACGGCUCUUCUUCUGGCCCCAGCUCUACUGCCUGCCCUUCCUAUACCCCUAGGAGUCGCCUGAGCCACACCAGUGUAACUCAGACUGCAGUGUCGGGAGCUCACAUGUCUCCCCUUGGUGCCAAUGAACCAAUUUCAGUUAUGCACGGAUGUGCUGCCUCCUGUUCCUGGCUGGGGAUCUGGACUCAUCCAAGGCUGGAUUGGCGUCGUGCAGAGUUCCCCAUCAGAAAGGCAGAGAGCCAGCUGCACAGUGAGUUUCCUCCAGACUAGGGAGAUGCCUCUGCACUCCCACCUACCAGUUUCUAGGCUACCUCUUUGGGGACACCUGGAACAGUUACCCAAAGCCCCACGACCCCAUUCCCUAUGGGCAGUAUACCAGGGUCAGUCCCUCCCACCAGCUGUUGCCUCGUGUCCUAGUGACUUGCAUGGGCAGAGUCAGCAGGCCAGUGGACCUUGGGCCAGGUCCCUCCAGGAAUGCUACUGCUCUCCUCCAAGAGGUCAGAGGCCCCUCUAAGGUUAUCUCCAGCUGAGGGGACCACACUAGGCCACAAGCCACCAGAGGCCUUCUGCCACCUCCCAGAGCUGCUGAGAGCCAGGGAGGCUUGAAGAAAAGUCCCCAUAGACCUGAACCCCAGGGCUUAGGGGCCACUCAGCCUUACCAUCGUCUCCCAUCUGGGUCGUUUUUGCGUUUCUGCCGUCUCAGCAUCUGGCCCCCGUGGCCCUAGCAGGUGUUGCAAGCUCCAAGUCUUGGUUUUCAGUCCCUGUUUCUAAUUCUUGCUUGCCACUGUGCAGAACCCUUUGUCACUGUCCCUAUAGAAGCCCCUGGACAUAGGGCGUGAUGGGGUUGAAAAUGUUACAUGUAAAUAUUGGUUUGAUUUGAUCUUUAGCAUUUUACUUGGUAACUGGUUCUGUUUUCUUUUGUGGGGGUGGAAGGGUUGGUUUGUAAAUCUCUCUACUCUUUCGAAAUGUAAUUUCUAAGUUUGUUUGUUUCUUCAAAUGCCUUUUAUGUCUUGGUAACAUUCCCAAAGCAGAAAACUGCCUGGCCUACAUGGGGCACUCCCCCAGAGGCCUGGGGUCAUGGGAAGGAGCACUGCCCUUCCUCCCAAUCCAUCCUCUUCCUGUCCACCUCGACUUUCUCCUCCUUUUCCUUCAGCUCUCUACCUCCUUUUCCCCCAUCUCUCUUUCUCUCUUAGCCAAUGUCCCAAGGAACCUUGGGGUCCCGGUCCUCUAAUAGAUUGCCUGGCUUGAGCCCACAGGGUUGACACAAAUUGGCUGGGGGCAUGAGGUUGAGUUACAUGAUUGAAACUAAACUAGGUCUCACCUUUUCCCAGGGCUAAACCAAAUUAGACCCUCUUGGAGGCAAUGGUGAAGGGUUUUGAAUUCAGAGCCCUUGGGACCCCCUGACGACGGAACAAGGCAUCAGAAUGCAUUCCCUUUGCUCUGUAACCUUCCUCCCAGUCCUUAUCUGACCGAGGCUUGUCCUCAAACCGGGCCCUAUCUCUUGUCCUCUCCAGGGAUAUUCAUCUACCAGGUGACAAAAACAAGUACUCCAAAGACUUGGCCUUCUGGAUACCGAUAUACCACUCUAUGAACCGUUCAUGGAUCUAUCCAUUACUCAGCUCAGUCUCUUGCCCCAAGACCACCAGACUCUUCCUCUUUCCCACCCACCCAGAAUGGAUCCAGUUCCAGACUUAACUGUCCACUAGCUCCCUCUUGUAGUAACAGCCAUCUCUCACACCAUCCUCCCUAGAGUCCUUAACUGUUGAGAAGUCACGUCCCCAAACCCCUCUCCUCAGGUCUCUCAAGGACAACUCUUAAGAGGCAGUUUUGACAAGACAGGGCUUAAUGCUCCUUCUGCCAAUGAGAAAACAGAUAGUUCUCAUACCGGAGCCUGGAGCCAGGAAGUCAUCACUUUUACAGCUGGACUCUUUCUGUGCAAACUCACUGGGACAUUGGCUAGAUUCAGGACAUCCCAAAUUUGCCACUGCCAAACCCAUAGGCAACUCUGUAGACCUUUGUGUUCCAGAGGGUCUCCAGGGCCUGCUACAUCUGAACCUCUGAGAGUGUGUUCACAGUGCAGAUUCCUAGGUCUUACCAUAACCUUCUGGACAGAGGACCUUCGGGUUCAGCUCUCUGGGAGAUCCUUAAGUGCCAGUGAUCACAGCGUUUUCAUCCACAGGUCCAGCCAUUUGUAGCUCUUGCAUUGUGAGCCAGUACUCGUGGUGUGGGUUCUUGACAAGAGCCCUGAGCACCAAGCUGGGAUAUUGAGGAUGGGGGGAGGGGUGUCCUCAACCAAACUCUGCUUUGAGGAAAUUACCCCAAGGAUUUCCAAAGGACACCCAAACCAGUGUUCCACCUUAGCCAGAUGUUCAUAAAAUAACAAAGCUAGAAAGUUGAGGCUGAUGGCACAGCCCUUUAAUCCCAGCUACUCAGGAGGAUGAGGCAGGGGGAUCAAGUUCAAAGCCUGUUUGGGAUAUAGUUCAUGGUCAGUCUGGGCAGUUUUCUGAGGCCUUAUCUCAAAAUAAGGAUUUUAGAAAGUGCUGUGUAGCUCAGUGGUAGACACUUACUUCACAUGUGUGAGGCCCUGGGUUCUUUCCCUAGGAUUAGAAAACUAGAAAAUCAAAGGGUGAGGACUGGAGACAUAUAUCUCAGUAGUAGAGCACUUGCCCAGCAUAUGAAAAAGGGAAAGAAAAAUCUUUUCCCAAUCUACCUGCUGUCAUGCCCGUAAUUACACGAUUUAAAUUGUACUUCUUUUCUCUCUGCUUUUUAUUUGUCUGUUUUUGUUUUUAGACACAACUGUGCUAUGUAUCCCUGGCAAAUCUGGACAUUGCUAUGUAGACCUUAAACUUGGGGUAAUUCUCCUGCCUCUGCCUCCCAAGUUUAAUUAAUUAAUAAUUAAUAGCCAUAUAUCACCAUACACAGCCUGAAAUUUCAUUCUUGAGUUUCCUGGCAGCCAUGGUAAGAGGAGAAGCAUGUCAGGUUUCUAUUGUUUCUGGCAGCCAGUCAUGUGAGCGAGUGAGUAUAUUUGCUCUCAGAGACAAACUAAUGUGGAACAUGAGUUCUUUCCUAGAAGACUGAGGAGCUGGUUGGUGUUUUACCAAUAAAGCAUGUUUUCUAGGUGACUAUUUAUAAGAUGAUAAACUGCCACCAACUUGAAUGACCUUGGCCAAAUCACAUAGCUAGUCCACGCUUGUUUCCCCAGCUUUAAGUGGUGGCUAUGGUAAUGACCAAAUGCACCAUGCCUGCUCACCUCAUCUCCCAAGAAAAGCUGAAGUUCGCUACCUAAAUCUGAAUUACAUCUGACCACACUCGUGAGAGCCAUCCAGCCCCUCAGGGCCCUGGCUCCAGUGGUGGCAUGUACCUCCUUCUCUCAUCGGCCUUAAAAUAAAUAGAAGGGGACCACAGGAGAAUCUCAACCAACCUGCUCACAUUUUAAAACGCUACCGUAGUCCUUUUAAUUGUGUGUGUGCACACAUAUACACACACACACACACACACACACACACACACACACACACACACACACGCUGAGAAUGAGACUCAGCAUGUGAGACAAGCCCUUUACCACUGAGCUACAUCUUCAAAACCUAAGAGGCUUUUAGAAAAUUAAUUUAUUAUGAGAAAGGGUCUGCUCUGUCAUCAGUUGGCCUCCUGAUCUUCCUGUCUCUCUCUCCACUGGCAUUUGCCACAAGCCCUGACCUUAAGUGUCUGUUGUGUAUGUUCACAAUAUUGUGUCACCAGUACUAUUUACAGAGCUUUUUCUUGGCCCCAGACUGAAACUACACCCCCUCAUAAUAAUUAAUAACUGACCCCUAAACAAUAAUUCCUGCUCCUGCCCCAGAGCGGAAUGACCUCUGCUCUACGUCCUUCCUUUUUGUGCGUGUGUAGACAGAAUCCAACAUUAUCCACCGUGUCUCACCCCUUCCUGUUUUACAUGGUGAGAAGGCAGCAGCUUGCCCGAGGCCUCACAGCAAGGCAGAGAGGCAUAGCCACCGGCACAUGCAGGGCUCCUGACUUCCAGAAGAUUCCACACAUAGUGCAUGAAGCAUGCUCUGGGGGCUUGGCUGAAUCCGAGUCUUCCUACCUCACACCCACCCCUCCUCCAUCAUCAUCCAGAGCUUCCCCUUCUUAGCUGGUUUCUGCCACCUGGUGAAGUAAUCCUAACCUAGAACCAGGUUUUCUCUGGGACCCUGGGAUUUUUCUAGCACCAGCCCUCAGCCCUCCUGUAUUCUCUGGCACACUCUUCCCUCUUUUGUGUGGACUUUUGUCUGACCUUGACAUCCCCUCCCUGUCCUACAAACUCACAUCCUCACCCCAGUAGGGCAUUGCCAUGUCCAGUUUUUCUUCUGAAUCCAGGGUUUCCUCUCAGACCUGGAAUUUUCCAGUCUUGUGUUUAUUUUGUGUUUUUCCUCACUAGAGGCAUCCCCUUUGUUCCAUGCAUCAUGCACCGCCACCUCUUCCAGCCCUUCUUAUCAGACUCACUCCAGCCCAGAACACCCGAGUCCCAUCCCACUCUCUGGCUCCUGUCGUCCCUGCUCCCAGUAGCAGCCAGGUCACCUUCCUCUGGGAGGAUGUGUAGUGCACACGGACCCAGUGUUCACCUGUGGGGCUUCUCUUCCCGAUCACCACUCUCAGUGGCCUUAGUAUAAAGCAGAAGUUUGGCUUCUAUUUCUUUGGUUUUGUGUCCCUCUGUCCAACCUGUCUGUUCUCCCCUAGCCUUCACCUCCUCCAGAUCAGCUCAUCUUGGCAGAACCUCACCCUCUUGAACCAAGAGCAUUUGCAGUUUGCAGAAUCCACAGACCCGUGAAAGGGGACUGAGGGCGUGAUACUGGGCCACAGUCUCUGCUCAUGGCUCUUCUACUGUCUGACCACUUUCCUUCCUCACCCUCCCGAGACCCUUCUCUUCCCUUUGUCUACCCCAUUGAUUCUGUGCCCGCCCUCCUUUUCCUACCCUUCACCAGCUCCCUGGACCUAAGGGAAGAGUCUUCGGUUUCCUCUGAAAAUCCUGGAGGGACUGAGGCAGUCAGAGUCUGGAUUACUUGUCACACCACAUCCAAAGCCACCUGUGCCACUUCUGUCAAGAGACCUCAGCUGGCAGUCUGGAAACCUAUCCUAAGUUUGAGCCUCCCAGUUGUAUGAUCCUCCCAGGAGCACCAGGAUGACCCUGUGGGCUUCAAACAUCCUGUGCAUUUGGGGGGUCCUACAGCCUCCACUGGAUCCUCUGGGCCCUGGCACCCCUGGCUCUUCUCUUGUUUCUGCCAUGGAUCUCUGUGCCUUAUUUUACUUCUCUGCACAGGGGGCUCACACACCACAACAUCAUUCCUAGCAUCUGUCUAGAUCUUUUGGUACCUCUACAGCUGGGCCUUGCUAACAUGGCUUGCUGUAGGAGUACCAGGUUGCCAAGGCAACUGGGGGCAUCACUGCAGACUAGUGUCUCUCAAACUCUCUCCCAGCAGUGGAGGCCUCAGCAGCAAGGUUGACAGAAGUGCAGAUUGUUGGCCCCAUCCAAGACCCACUGAAGCAAGUCCAGCCAGUUGGGGUUUGAAAGAGCCUCCAGGUCAUUCUGAAGUAGACCACUUUGCCAACAACAACAAGGUUGUUGUCCCAGACGAGCUGUCCAUUCAGCUUGGGCAGGCAUUGUGCCUGGCCUGGGCCAAGAACAAUGGAAAACAACCAGUCAACCAGACUGUAGAUUCAAGGCCUCUGCCCACACCCCCACCCCAACAAAAUAUCACUGUAGCAUCUCCUAUUCUUUUGAAGCUGGGAUGGGGAGACAGCCCUGCAGCUUUCCUAUUACCUCCCUGGUUCCAUUUCAGCCCAGCUCACCAUCCCCCACUAAUUUGGAUUUUGGGGAAAUCUGCAUAGGAGGUCACAGCAAGCAAAGGGGAGAGUCCCCAGAGGCAGGAGGCAAAAAGGACCCUUUUUGUUUUUCCACUGGAAUCCUCACCAUUGCCAGAGGGUCUCUGUCCAAAGGGGAAAAACCUGCUGCAAGAAGAGCACCCCAGCCCCCUACUGUCAGCACUCCCACACCAGAUCCAGACCUUCCCAAUCCCAGGGAGACCUGUAGACAGUGCCAAAACCAACUCCAGACCCCAGCACCUGGGAAAGAGCUAGAAACUGCCCCUCCUCCUCAGCCUGGCUCCCCUCCCGCAUCUGGCCAAUACUGUGAAGCCCCUUCCUGGUCAUCCUGGUUUCCUGGGGAGGGUCCUGCGGUCGUGGGUCCUAGGGGACCCCUCAGGAAGGAUGGGACCAAGGGCAUCCUUGGGCCCACUAUCCACCUCUCCCUUCCACUAUUCUUCCUCCUCCUCCUCCUCCUCCUCCUCCUCCUCCUCCUCCUCCUCCUCUUCCUCCUCUCUUCCUCCUUCCAUUAUCCCCACCCCCCUUUCUGUCUUUAAAGGCUCCUUCCUGGGAUGGAUUGGGUGACAGAGAACAGCAGUCUAGUCCACCAGCUCUCCUCGCCCUGUGUCUUAUUUCAGACAUGAGAACUGUACAGUGUAAACUUACAAAGUGUUUUUAAUGGUUGUAGAUUGGAAAUAAAGUAUGUCAUAUAAACAGG